AUGUUAUAAAGCGUGGUUAGUGUGGGUAGAGGUGUUGAAUUGGUGGGGUUUGGAGAGUGUUUUACCCAAUACAGUUAUGGGAGUGGCAGAUUUUUUCAUAGAUGUGUUGGGCAGUACAGUAGGAAAGGAGAUGGGCUCUUGUGUUUUUCUGGCAGCUGCUUGGUAUGUAUGGUAUAGAAGGAAUACUCAGAUAUUUCGAGAAGAUGAAGGAAUUCCAGAGAAAAUGCUGGAAAGGGUGCAAGCAAAAACCUUUUUAUGGUUGAAGUCUAAAGUGAAGGGAUGCGUUUUUUCCUUUUAUGAAUGGCAAUCUUGUCCGAUGGAAUGUGCAAAGGCUGUCAAACGGCAUAAAAGGAUGAGGAAGCAAUUCUCGAAGGCAGUAGUGGCCCCUAGCUAACGGGGGGGAGGUUCACAAUCUGCUCUUUUAGUCUGCUCUUUUAGUCUGUUGUAUGGGUUCUGAAGGACAUGGUGAUGUUUUGGGUGUGCAGGCCGUUAUAAGUUGCUGGAAACGGCUUAGUGUUAUUUCCUUCUCCUGUAGACUUCUUCCUGAUGGCUGUCCUGAGCUUUUGUGUUUCUUGAAUGUAGUAGGUAAAUUGUGUUGUGUAUCUUGAUUCCACCGGACUGUACUCUGUUUUAGGAGUAUUUCUUAUGCUCCUUCUCUAAUACAUAUCGUAUGUUGCU